AUGGGUCUAGAUCAGGUCAAUCCUCUGGCUAUGGCCAACACAGGUCUGGCUCAAGUCAAUCUUCUAGCCAUAGCCAACAUGGAUCUGGAUCAGGUCAGUCAUCAAACCGUUGUCAGCAUGCAUCUGGAUCAGAUCAAUCUUCCAGCUAUGGCCAACCCAUGUCUGGAUCAGGUCAGUCUUAUAGCCAUGGUCAGUCUGGAUCUGGAUGGAGUCAGCCUUCUAGCUGUGGCCAACACAGAUCUGCCUGUCACUACAGUCAACAUGGAUCUGGCUCAGGUCUGUGUUCUAGCUCAGAACAAUGUGGUUUGGGAUCUGAUCAGUAUUCUAGCACCGAACAAUAUGGGUCUAGCUCAUGUAGCUCAUCUAGCUCUGGACAAUAUGGUUUGGGAUCUGGUCAGUGUUCUGGCACUGAACAAUAUGGUUCUGGCUCAUGUCACUCACCUAGCUAUGGACAAUGUGGUCUGGGAUCUGAUCAGUAUUCCAGCACCGAACAAUAUGGGUCUAGCUCAUGUAGCUCAUCUAGCUCUGGACAAUAUGGUUUGGGAUCUGGUCAGUGUUCUGGCACUGAACAAUAUGGUUCUGGCUCAUGUCACUCACCUAGCUAUGGACAAUGUGGUCUGGGAUCUGAUCAGUAUUCCAGCACCGAACAAUAUGGGUCUAGCUCAUCUGCAGCACUAUGCUCCUUAG